AACAGACCAAUAAUGUAAGGUUUAGCGACGAGGAAUACAAUCGGCUUAAUCCGAUCAGCUAAGUACCGCAGUGAAUUUCAAUGAUUAUGAAUUAUUUUGCGAACAAUAAUUGGAGCAAAAAUCAGUAUCGGAAUCUGAACAAUGCACAUGUACAAAACAGUUCAACAGUAUGUUCUCUUAUUUAUUGUACGAUACUGGGUCUUUAUUCUAUAUUAAUACUUUUGUUAUGGAAUUUUAACAUUCAUGCUAAAGUGAAUACCUAUGUGUUACAUUUUGAUAAACUACAAUCUGUCUCAUAUAUCACAUCUGACAAGUUCCUCUCAUUUGGUCUUGACACAUCUUUACUCAGAAAGAUGAAUGAAUUACCUAUUAGAUAUGAAAAAUUUAUUAAUUUAAGCCGAUACUUGAGCCCUGCUUAUAUCAGAAUAGGUGGAACUUCAGCUGAUUGCCUGAUAUUUAAUGAGAAGAUGGAACAAAAUUAUUUCAAGAAGAUUCCUAGUUUUGUGGAUGGUCAGGAUAUUAGUAAUUUUACUAUCUCUGGCAUGAACUUGAUUGAAAUUUAUGAGUUUGUGGUAAAAUCUAAGUUACGAAUGAUUUUUGAUCUGAAUGUAUUACUUAGAAAUCUAGACGGAUCAUGGAAUGACACUAAUGCACAAGAAAUUAUCACAUUUGCUAAAAAUCAUGAUAUGGAAUUGGAUUGGCAAUUAGGGAAUGAACCGAAUUCAUUCAAACAUGUAUUCAAUAUGACGAUUUCUGCGAUUGAACUCGCAAAGGACUACGAUUGUUUGAGGCAAUUACUGGACGAAACAGGAUAUAUUGAGAGCAUUCUCGUCGGGCCAGAAGUAAAUCAUGUUGGUGAUACAAAUCAUAUGGGAGAGAAAUAUGCUGAGAUAUUUCUAAAAAGUCAAAAAAAUAUCGUGAAUUACGUUACCUGGCACCAAUAUUAUCUGAAUGGACGGGAAGCUAAAAUUCAAGAUUUUAUAAAUCCUAAUACAUUCAAUUAUUUACCGAUGCAAAUUAAAGUUAUGAAAGAUUUCAUCGCUGCAUCAAGGAGAAAUGUUUCUAUAUGGUUAUCAGAAACGAGUACUGCAUAUGGUGGAGGAGCACCCGAAUUAUCUGAUAGAUUCAUAGCAGGAUUUCUGUGGUUAGAUAAAUUGGGAUACAGUGCUAGUGCUGGAUUGAAUGUCGUCACUAGACAAUCGUUAUUUGGUGGAAAUUAUGCUAUGAUAUCGUCAGAUCUUACACCGAACCCUGACUGGUGGGUCAGUGUUGUUUAUAAGCAAUUCGUAUCAAAGAAAGUCUUGAAAUUAAUAACGCCGAAUAAUUACGGCUAUGUUCGUCUGUACGCGCAUUGUACACUACAACAAGCUCUUAUCAAUAAAAAAUCAGCCAUUACAAUUUAUGGAAUGAACAUAGACAAAAUUCCAGCCCAUAUAGAUAUUCCGAUGUUAACUGUACAACCUAACAAAGUUGUAAAAAUACUCCUUUACUCUUUGACCGCAGAUCAUCUUCAGUCGAGUGAGAUAAAAAUGAAUGAUGAAGUAUUGAAAUUGCAACCAAAUGGAAGUUUACCGUUAUUUCGACCUAAAAUACUGAAAUCUACGGAUUCUGUUAUUCUGUCGCCGUACUCCAUGGUGUUUAUGAUAAUUUAUGGCAUUGAAGUUCCUGCCUGCUCAAGUUAAAUGGAUCUCACAUGUGAUAAGUCGUAUGCGUGAUUUUAUAACGUUUAUAUAUCUUAUUAAACUAUACUAAAUACGCACACAUCUUUAUAUAACUUAUAUUAAAUAUUUUUAUAACUUAAUAACAUGGUAAAAUUUUAGAAUUUGUAAAGGAUCUUGCAAAAGAAGAUAUAUAGUAAGAGUAUAUGGUAUAGUAUAUAAGAGGCAAGAAUUUGAAUGAAAAUUUAUUAUAUAUCUAAUGUGUAAUCUAUAUGUGUAAACCAUUAGUAUGACUUGUUUACUGUUACUUUUACAAAUAAUCAAUUAUAAUAAACUAUUAUAAUAAAAUUCACUAUUAUAAUUAGUGUAUUAUAUAGAGCAAUAACAGUCAAUUAUAUGUUGUUACUAUAAUCAGAAAUUUCCCUCUUUGAAUGCUGUCAUACUCCAUGGUGUUUAUAGUAAUUUAUGAUAUUGAUAUUCCUCCACAUAUACAUCUACUUGAGUUAAAUAGAUCUCAUGCGCAUAACUCGCUCAUGGAUGUGCGAUUUUACAAUGUUUAUAUAUCUUAUUAAAUCUUAUACUAAACACAUCUAUAUUGUAACUUAUAUAUAUUUAUAUUAUAUAUAUAUAUAAUUUUUAUAACUUUUACUCUCUUCCUUUUCUCAAGUGUUAUUUUCAUGUAUAUAAUGUGCUUUUAUAUAUGAAUAUCCAUUUUAUUUAUUAAUGACACAUGUUUACAUUUAUACUUUUUCCAAUAUAUUAUUCUAACUGGAAUACAUAGAAUUAUUAUCAUUGAAUUAUAUGAUUUAAUCCAAAAAAGAGUUAAUAAUAUAUCUCUUUUUAACAUACUAUAUUUUUUU